GUUCUUGUUCAUUUGCUCCACAUUUAAAAUAAAACCAUUUCCACGAAAUACAAGCCUUGAUAAAUCACUUGACAAUGCCACCCCAUAAAGUGAUCACGUGAUCAACUCAACAAGUGUCGAUGUAUUUGAUCUCCCUUUUAGCAACGAAGAAAAGCCCCGUCUGUCUAUCUGUAGGGACAUUGCCAUCGCUUUCAUAACUGGAACGACACACAGUUUUAGGGUGAACUUUCCCUUUAAGCAGCAGAUUGAAGCAUCUCACCGCACACCUGCCUCGGUCAGCACCACGGACAGCGACCCGGCCCGCUCCGCACGGGCCCCCUCACGGUCCACGGCCAAAGGGGACACAACCGGGGCCCCAGGGACAGGACAGGUUUUUAUUAUUUAUUUAGUAAACGAGUACUAGCUCCAGCCUAGUCUGCGACCAUGAUACUGCGGCACUGACAGCUAAACAGCAGAGGGCGGAAUGCGGAAUUUAUUAUAGACCCCGCUCCCUUUUUUUUGUUGCUACUUUCUCAGCUACCGGAAAGAUACGUUUAUUUUGGAAGGGUUUCGGCGAUCCACAAACCCCCGUCGCCUAAUUUCUGCCUGUCUCUGGAGCGGCUGUGAAUGGCAGCAGGUGAGACGCGCACCCGGCAAUCCGCCCGUCUCGCUUGAGGGGGUCUCUCUCCGGAACAAGGUGGUGAAAUCUCUCUCCUCUUCCUCCUCCACGCCCUGUGCAUUUUAUUGUCGGUAGCCGCCCCGCCACCAUGUCCCCUCCGGCAUCGGCCGCGACAGCGAGUGACAGCAGUGCGACCACCGUUUUCGAGGAGGACUCCAGGGAGGAGCAAAGACCUCUGAAGCAAUCUCUGAGCAAGUCUCUAUGCCGGGAGAGCUUUUGGAAAUGCCUGCUCCUGUCGCUUCUCAUGUAUGGCUGCAUGGGAGCGAUGGUCUGGUGUCAUGUCACCAAGGUGACCCGCCUCACCUUUGACAGUGCCUUUAAAGGGAAAUCCAUGAUGUACCAUGACAGUCCCUGCUCUGACGGAUACAUCUACAUCCCCCUGGCCCUGCUGGGCAUGCUUUACUUGGUCUACCUGGUGGAGUGCUGGCACUGCCACGUGAAGAGCGAGCUGCAGCACAAAGUGGACGUGGAGGGCAUCUACGAGUGCAUCGAAAGGAUGCAGCAGGCCAAACCGUGCAUCUGGUGGAAGGCCAUCAGCUACCACUACGUUCGCCGAACGCGGCAGGUCACGCGCUACCGCAACGGAGACACUUACACUAGCACUCAAGUUUACCACGAACGCGUCAACACCCACGUGGCAGAGGCUGAAUAUGACUACGGCCACUGUGGCGUCAAAGAUGUGUCAAAGCAGCUGCUGGGCUUGGAGAAGUCUGCCCUCACAAAGAUGCGUUUCACCAAGUGCUUCAGUUUUGCCAACGUGGAGUCCGAGAAUUCCUACCUGACGCAACGAGCAAGGUUUUUCACUGAUAACGAGGGCCUUGACGACUACAUGGAGGCCAGGGAGGGUAUGCACCUGAAGAACAUUGACCUGAAGGAGUACGUCAUGGUGCUGUCUGACCCGGAGCACCACCCCUGGUACUUGUCCCACUACGUCUUCUGGUGUGCCUCGUUCUUCACCUUCUCCUGGCCUCUCAGAGUCUUCGUCGAGUACCACACCGCAUAUGUCCACUACCGCGUCGAGAAGCUGUUUGGCCACGAUUACCUCCCGGUGACUCCGUGCGACGAUCGGCCGUAUUGGCGCCGCAUCCCUCGUGUCAACACCAUUGACAGCACGGAACUGGAAUGGCACAUUCGGUCCAACCAGCAACUGGUGCCCAGUUACUCAGAGGCCGGCCUGAUGGACCUGGCCCAGUGCCCGUCCAGCUUCAGCGGGAUCCGUCAGAACUGCGAGCGCUGCCACAGAGCCGUCAGCUGCUCCUCUGUGUUCUCCAGGAGCGCCCUCAGCGUCUGCACCGGCGCCAGCUCCCGCAUCCCCUUCAGCGGCAGCCGGUUCUCGCUGGCGCGGCGCUACGGCUCCCAGCGCAGCUGCUUCUGGCGGAGCGGCAGCCUGGACGACCAGGAGAGCCCCAGCGAAAACACCCGCUGUCUGUCAGAGCGCAUCGCCACGGGCGACGAGGGGCCCCCGGAGUACGAAGACGCACUGUGCUACCCGGUGCUCAUUGUCCACUGUAGUGAGAACUGCCACAACCACAGGUCUUUCCACAGAAAUGGCUCCUGCGUGGAGACUUCUUUAUGACUAUGCAGACAAAACACAGAGGCAGUUCUGUAGCAACACCUCACACACUGCACCCCAGAGUGUGAAAACAAGUCUUAAUGUGAGGUGACCUAUUCAUGCUGUAUUGUCAUACUAUCUGAAGCAAAUGGAUCCUGAAUGUGCAAAUCACCAAAGCAAUAACAUAAAUGAGUGGGUGGAAAACAAAGCAACGAUGGCAUGUGAAGCUCCAAGGACACACGAUGGUGGAAGAAUGACAUCUGCCUGGCUUCCAACGACAAGCAAGCAGACAAAGACGGUUACACUGUCUCCUAUUCGUCUUACAUAUGAAACAGAAGCUGCUGUAACCUCUCAAGACCUUUUGUCCUAAAGCCACGGACAAGAUGGGUAGAUUCAAAAGUUCUGUUCGGUGAAAUGUCGGCUCGACAAACACAUCAGAUAAUUACAGCAAUAACCAGGAAAAUGAAUACCAUGUGAAGUAAUAACGUAGAAGGAGGAAUAUCAAUGAAACAUUUGGGGCUAAUGCAUGUUACAAAGCAACACUGGUCAACGUGAAGACCCCCGAUCUAAAAGAGACCUCACUCACUAUUAUACCUAAUGAUGUUUAAAAAUGUACAUUGUUUGUGUGUGUGUUGUAACUUUACUUUUUGGAGGUUCUUACUUUUUAUCAAUAGGCCUCCUGUAUUUCUACUUCAGUCAGUGGCUUUGUGCAUUCCCCAGAAAAUAGUUACAAACUUAUUUUCAGCUGUGGGUUUAAUGUGUUAUUGGACUGUGACAAAAUGAAAGUAAAACAGAGUGACUGUUAUAACUGAGAAAAAUUACUUUUUUUCAGAGAGAACCUGUGUUGUGGUUGCAUUGCAUUCUGGUCUAUUGAGGUUAGUGUUGGACAGAGAAUUUAGUGUAACGGAUAUGCUGUUUUUACAAUGGAUUUCUCUCUUUUUUUUGACUGUUGACUGUUGGUACUACCUGGCGGCUCCUGAGAGGAAAAAACCUUUCUUUUCAAUGUUGAUGUUUACAGUUGCUGUUUUUUAAAUAUAUUAUCCAACCAACCGCCACUGUAGAUGCUGGCAUUAUGUAAAAGUAAUGGCACAUUGGCACAGUUUGGAUAUCUAGAAAAAAAGAUUUUUUCCUUUAACAUUUGACGGCUGUUUGGUCUUGACUGACCGAAUCUAUUGGCUGUUUGGAUGAGUAAGGCUGUCAAGUCACAUGAGCCUUUCACCUUAACACACGAAAAUGCAUUAUGAAUUGAAUUUAUUGAUGUUGUCUUAAAUUAGACAUUUCUUUCCUACUUACUGCCACAACCCGAAAACUCGUAUCUGUGGAACACGUUUUCUCACACUGUGAUGAAAUAAAGAGAUCUGUUAAAAUAUUGAUUUAGUAUCCCAAAAAACUCUCUAAAUAAUGACAAUAUAGACAUUAAGUUAACAUUAUAUAUAUAAUAUUUAAUUAGUAACAGAAAAUCAAAUGUCUUAAUUUUUUAUUUCUUUUUUAUUAUUUUUAUUUUGAUCUUAUUAUUUUGUUAAAUUUAAGGGUACUAAUACACAAUUUCCACAUUCGUCGUUAUCAUCAACAAACCACAGUGCGGUUUUAACUGCCUAAAGAUCAUAGUCAUCUAAUUCAUCUUCAAAUGUGCAUGAUUUUCUUCUGCUAGGACAAUUUCUUGAUAACCACAACACCUGAAUGUAAACCACCAGCAUAUAUGAUACACUGCUGUACAUCUCAGUUACGUGUCUAAGCAAAGGACUAAUGCUCAGCUCUUUUUAUGGAAAAUGAUGAUUUCACUGUUCAGUGUAUCUUCAAUGAGAUGCAGUUAGUGAAAGAGCCCAUUACGCACAAACAUGUCACCAUGUUUCCUAAAGACACUUCAUUUAUCUGGGCUCGUUGACUAUUUUGAUUAGAGCUCACAGGCAGAUAUGCAAGGAUGUAAAUGCACAAAUCAAUUCAACUUUAUGAUACAGACUUUUUUAACAUAUUGUAUGCACCCGAGAGUAUUACAUCAUGUUCUUACAUUGUUUUCAAUAACGUGGUGACACCAGUAUUAUGCACUUAAAGUGACACUAGACAUUAUGAAUUGUAGUAAAGCUGAAUGUUGAUGUAAAUGCCAUUGAAAUAUUAGAGUAUUCAAGCUGAUAUAUUUAAAAAUGCAAAAAGUGCUUGGACGUAAAACAAUAAGACUACUUACAGUUUCUUGUCAAAUGUAAAAAAUACUACUGUCAUUAUAUUCUAAUGGGCUGUAUAAAUAACGUCAUUAUCUUUUGAAAUAUGUAUUCAAUUUGAUCUUGUGUUGGAAAAAUAAAAGUUGCAAUAAAUGUUUGGGUUGAACUAUGUCUAUUUAGAAUAUUGUAAUUGCCUUGGAAAGUCAAAUAUGCUUUCACAAAGGAUUUUUUGACAUG